AUGGGGAAGCCCAAGGCUAAGCCAGCUACCAAGGGGGAUGGCAAAGGGGACAAACCGGCUACUCGGAGAGUAUCCAGCACAGCCUCCCGUCCAUCCAGCUCGCAGCCACACGAGCAGCAACGUGAGGAGCUGGUGGGACGGGUGGGAAUAACAGCACCUGGGGAGGCGGCGGGGGAACAGGAGUCGGUGGAGGGCAAGGCGGCUGCGGCCGCGGUGGCAGGGGGAAGUGGCGCAAUGGGGACUGAGUCAGAGGCAGCUGUGGCGGUUGAGGCUGCGGCUGCUACGGGGCUGGAGGGGGUUGCUGCUGAGGCGACUGAGAUGGUGGCUGCUGCUGAGCUUGGCGGGCCUGACGCUGCCUCUGGCGGCGGCUCAGCCUCACCCUCUGCCAUCCCCCAGGCGUGGCAACCAGAGGAGCCGAGACCACCAGUGGCUCAGGAACGGACCGAGGCGGUGGAGCUGGCGGCUGUCAGAACAUAUCUAUAG